UUUGGAGGUCCACAGAGGCUCCUCAUCCCCUCUUUCUCUCUCUUAUCCAAACCGCUGCCUUCUCAUCACCAUCAUCAUCACCGUCGUCCAUCUUCCAUCUUCCAUCUUCAUCUUCAAUCUUCAUCUCAAACAAAGAAAAGAGACGUAACCCAAUCUAAGUGCGAUUCUCCCAUCAAACGCCUGCCCUAAAACACCUCCCAGAGGGAGAACCUGUAUUCUAUUGUUGUUUCUUUCAAUGGCGUUUCGGCAAACACAAAGGGCGCGUUUUUCAACUCCUUCGAUUUCUCAAUGAUUUCAUCAGAAUGGAGGCCAUUAAGGAGUGGAUUUCAUGCCAGUUAGCAUCCAAGUCUUUGCUUUCAGCGAGGCCUUUAUCUGCUAACAUUACGUUCUAUGACGGGGAACGGCUGGAUGAAGAAUCUGAUGAACGAGGUUCACCAGCUAGGGCUAGUAUAUCAGCACCAGUACCUGCUGGUACUUCUUCCCGUUAUUCUGAUAAUCAGAUGAAUGAAUCUCUGCCCCCUCCGCAGUCUGUUGUAGUUGAAGAUUCUUGUCAAUCCCAAAACAUUUUUGAUGAUAAAAAGGGUGGCCCAUUGGCUAAAAUCGAGGCACUCCAAAUCAAGUUCUUAUGCCUUGUCCGCCGGCUCGGGCUGUCAUCGGAAAAUCUUGUGGUUGCGCAGGUCCUAUACCGGUUACAGCUAGCAAGCCUAAUACGAGCAGGGGAAUCAGAUGUUAAAAGAGUUGGACAUAAGACUGAUAAAGCUAGAGCAAUAGCUGCAGCACAAGAGGGAGAUGGCCAAGCUGACUUGGAUUUUUCUUUUAAGAUUCUUGUCCUAGGGAAAACAGGCGUGGGCAAGAGUGCAACUAUAAAUUCAAUUUUUGAUCAAUCAAAGGCAGCGACUGAUGCAUUCCGACCUGCCACCAAACAUAUUCAAGAAGUUGUGGGGACUGUCAGCGGAAUCAAAAUCACAUUCAUUGAUACACCAGGUCUUCUACCUUCAUGCAGUAAUCAACGUCAGAACAGGAAGAUGAUGCUCUCGGUGAAGAGGUACAUAAAAAAAUCGCCCCCAGAUAUUGUUUUGUAUUUCGAACGCCUUGAUGUCAUCAACAUGGGUUACAGUGAUUUCCCACUGCUGAAGCUUAUAACAGAUGUUCUUGGUUCUGCAAUCUGGUUCAACACCAUCCUUGUCAUGACCCAUUGUUCUUCAGCUCUUCCAGAGGGAUCUGAUGGUUAUCCAGUCAGCUAUGAAGGGUUUGUAACUCGGUGCACGAGUCUGGUGCAACAUUACAUACACCAGGCAGUAUCAGAUACACGACUUGAGAAUCCCAUCCUACUAGUAGAGAAUCACUCUUCAUGUAAAACUAAUAUGAAAGGAGAAAAAGUUCUCCCAAAUGGCCAAGUUUGGUGGUCUCAGUUCAUGCUGUUAUGUGCAUCUACGAAAGUCUUAGGAGAUGCAAAUGCUCUUUUGAAAUUUCAGGACAGUAUUCACAUCGGGCAGACUGGUACCCGGCUGCCUUCACUGCCACAUCUCCUUUCAUCUCUUCUCCAGCCCCGUUCUUUGUUUACCUCGAGCGGUUCAGAUGGUGAUGUGGAUGGGAUCUUAGACACGGAUGAUGAUGACGACUAUGAUCAGUUGCCUCCCAUCCGCAUUCUUACGAAAGCCCAGUUUGAAAGAUUGACUAAUGCUCAGAAGAACGAUUAUCUCGAUGAACUGGACUACCGUGAGACCCUGUAUCUGAAGAAGCAGUUGAAAGAGGAGCUUAGGAGACGCAGAAAUAGCAUGCUUUCCAAAGAUGAAUUAUCACCAAAUGACGAUAAUUUUGAAAAUGAAACAUCUCCAGAAGCUGUGCCAUUGCCUGAUAUGACCAUUCCGCUAAGUUUUGAUUCUGAUUUUCCCGUAUACAGGUACCGCUGUCUUUUAAGUAAUGACAGAUGGCUUGCGAGGCCCGUUCUGGAUUCUCAAGGUUGGGAUCACGAUGUCGGGUUUGAUGGGAUUAACGUGGAGACUUCUGUAGAUGUGAAACAGAAUCUUCAUGCUUCUGUUGUGGGACAGAUGAGCAAGGACAAGCAUGAUUUCAGGAUUCAAUCCGAGUGUGCAGCUGCAUAUGUGAAUCAGGAAGGACCUUCUGUCUAUGCCGGCAUUGACAUUCAAACUUCAGGCAGAGAUCUGGUUUGUACCAUUCGAGGAGAUACGAAACUUAGGAACUUGAAGCACAACAUGACGGGAUGUGGAUUUUCCCUAACUUCAUUUGGGAACAAGUAUUUUAUUGGAGCGAAGCUAGAAGACUCUGUUUCAGUUGGCAAAAGGUUGAAGAUUGUCUUGAACGCGGGCCGUAUUGGAGGCAACAGUAAAGCAGCUUAUGGGGGGAGCUUAGAAGCGACGUUGAGAGGGAAAGACUACCCAGUGAGGGAUGAUAAAAUCGGCCUAGCCAUGACGGUUCUCAACUUUGAUAAGGAGACAGUUCUUGGGGGAAGUAUUCAGUCGGACUUCCGUCCCAGGCGUGGUACGAAAAUGUCUGUUAAUGCGAAUUUGAACAGUAGGAGAAUGGGCCAGGUUUCCAUAAGGACCAAUAGCUCUGAACACUUUGAGAUAGCAUUGAUAAUUCUUGUUCCCAUUGUUAGAGCCCUUUUCCGGGGAAGAAGGGCAGUCGAGGACAGUUCAAUUAGGAGAGAAAUGGAGGGGUGAUGACUUUCUUGCAGUUGAAGUGCUCUGUUCUGACAGGGGAUUUCAGUAUAUAGAGGUAGUAAUGUUCAUGGAUGUGUAUUGAUAAAACAGAUGAGCUUUUGGCUGAGCCUUUGGUUUUAUUAGCUGGAAGAGCAGCGAAGAUAGUAUAUAAUCGAGCAAAAAAUUGUACAGUAAUCAUUCGAGAUGAGGUUGAAUCAGGUGAUAAUAUGGUUGAGAAAUUCUGGUAAUGAAUUCUUCUUAUUUGGUCAGAAAUUAUGCUGUUGUUUGUUUUUGUUUUUUUUUUUUUUUCUGUAACUAGGUGUAUGCUGUUUCGAGUUACUUGAUGUGCUGGCCGAGCGAUGCACAUUCACCAGUUGUAUGCAUUGCACAGUUGUAUUGUACCUUAGCUGUCCUAACCAUAGGUUCCGCUGUAUGUGGGGCAUAGAGUGAUUGGAUAAUCCUAGCUUCUGAUUAAUGGACUUACUUUCCAACAGGUAACUAUUUUUCAUUUUAAUAAUCCAUUAGAUGUCUACAAAUUGCUCAAUCAA